CGUCCCCGAUAACUGACUGACGCGCGCUGCCCGAUUGCUCUGCCAGAACUAGCUGCUCUUAUGUAUUCUCAUUUAAUCAACAAACCAAGUUUUGAGUAGGACUGUCGUACACCUGUAGGGAGCGGCAUUGUUAGUCUACAUGUAAUUUACUUUCAUGUGUUCUUAUUCAGAAUCAUAAGACCAUGUCGUCUCCACGCAUACACGGCGGGACGGCCUUUCAACAUUUCUAAAGACAGUCAAUAAUUUAUUUAGGAACUUCAAGCUAAAACGGUAAACCGCUCUAGCCGACAGUCGCACAGUUCACUUGAUCAUUAUGAUAUGACUUUGCCAGACAAACAAACUUAGUUAAUAUUUGACAUUACAAUUGGACUUCCUAGGGAGGGUUCAUAUGUUGGUUUUCUGCGGCACGCCCAUGUGGGGUUUAGACUUGGAGACCAAGCAGACCAGAAGAUAUUCUUUGCUUCGAACAUGUUGUCGACUGUAAAAAACAUUUCUGUGAUAUAUGAUCCCAUAAAUGAAAGCAAAACCUUUUCCAGUGGAGAUUAUAUUUCGGGACGGAUUUCAGUAGAAUUGGCAAAGGACUGCACGAUCAAUUCUCUAUCAAUCAAAGCCAAAGGGAAGGCGCAGGUUCGGUGGACAGAGAAGCAUGGCAAAACUACUACGACAUACCAUGCUAAAGAAAAGUACUUUAGUAUGAAACAAUUUAUAAUUCAAGAGCAAAAGGGACAAGGAAGUGACCAUCAAACCCUAGUAACUGGACAAAGUGGACAAGCAUAUUGUAAUGUGGUAGCUCCAGGGUGCCAUGUGUAUCCGUUCACCUUCCAGAUCCCUCCACAAGAGAUGCCAAACUCCUUCAAGGGCAGCGUAGGUAAAGUUAUCUACAUACUGGAAGCCAGGUUGAGCAGAUCAAUGAGGAUUGACAGCACAGCUGUAACAGAGUUCAACUUUGUCUCUAGGCCUAACAUCAACAGCAUCCCUGGGAUACUGAGUCCUCAGCACGGCACAAAGGAUAAGAAGAUGACGUUCUUCACCUCAGGCACAGUGGCCAUGGACAUCAACAUUGAGAGGAUGGGUUACUACCAAGGAGAAGGCCUAAAAGUGUUUGCCGCCAUUCAGAACAACUCUAGUCGUGAGAUUAAGCCUAAAUAUUUACUGUACAAGAAGCACAGCUUCUUUGCAAGGGGAAAGAGGAGGCUCAACACUAUAGACGUCCUGAAAGAAGAAGGAGAGCCAAUCUCUCCUUCUACUAAUCAGAACGUCACCAAGGUCCUCCACAUCCCUCCUGACAUUGGUGUUUCCAUCCUCAACUGCAGCAUCCUCAAAGUGGAGCACAGGCUCAGGGUCUACUUGGAUGUACCCUACGCUUCAGACCCAGAGAUCAAGUUCCCUGUGGUCAUCCUCCCUGCAGCUCAGGCUCCUGGUCAGGGAGAGCUGCCUCCACCUUACCCAGGAUUUGGUGUGGAUUCCUUUGGGAACCCAAACCAGCCUUCGUGGAGCAGCUCACCUUCUGUUCCACAGCACCCAGGAGCCUCACAGUACCCAGGAGCCUCACAGUACCCAGGAGCCUCACAGUUUCCAGGAGGGCAGCAGUACCCAGGAGCACCAGUGUUCCCAUCAGCACCAGUGUUCCCAACAGCACCACAGUUCCCAGCAACUACAACCUCAGGCACCUCUGCCCCCCCACCAAGCUAUGGAUCUGUUUACCCAUCCUUAUUUGAUUAUGAACAGAAAUCAUAAUGAAACAAGUACUGAAGUUUUGAAAUUCAAAUUAAUCACUCAAUGAACUACUCACCUUUUAUACAACAGUGAAUAUCACUGUUUAUACCUCAUUGUUUUCAUUUCCUCAUCUCCUCUUAAAGCCUAGUGUGUGUAUGUGGUCCGACUAACUCUUUCUUUGUGAAAAAAAAAAAAUAUAUAUAUAUAUUGUAAUUGUAGAAUAUUCAAAUUUGGUUGAAAGUGUAAAGACAAUAUAAAGACAGUGUGUUUCCGCCCAGUGAAGAGUUUUAAAGAUUCAGUUUUACGCUAUACAAUUGUGAUACCUUUUGUUUGCAGUUAACAAUUUCAGUAUGACAAUUAAAAGUUCGAUUCGAAAAGUACGAUUCGAAAAAUGAAUUAAAUAUGUUUUCAAGGGGAGAUCAUCAAUCACCAGCCGCAUUGUAUUCAUGAUUUCUCAUGAAACUGAAGUUCGUACUCUUGUCUGUUAGGGCCAAGGGGAAAGCAAAUGUCAUGUGGACAGAGUGUUAUGGGCUAAACAUUCGUUUAACUUAUCAUGCAAAAGACAAAUAUUGACUUUUUAAAAUAGACUUUUCUGAAGGAAUGCAAAAAUAAUGGUAGGGUUCCUCUUGUGUACCCUUUUUAUAUGAAUAACUUGACCGAAUAUGAAUAAAUAAUUUAAUAAUAAAUGGACGAAUUAUGGAAAUUGAUUAAAAUUGAAUAAAGUGCACCCUGCUGUACA